AAGCCCUACAGCUGCCACCAUGGUGCAGUGGUCUGCUGAGGAGAAGCAGCUCAUCACCAGCAUCUGGGGCAAGGUCAAUGUGGCCGACUGCGGGGCCGAAGCCCUGGCCAGGCUGCUGAUUGUCUACCCCUGGACCCAGAGGUUCUUUGCGUCCUUUGGGAACCUCUCCAGCCCCACCGCCAUCCUUGGCAACCCCAUGGUCCGUGCCCAUGGCAAGAAGGGGCUCACAUCCUUUGAGGAGGCUGUGAAGAACCCAGACAACAUCAAGAAGAGCUUUGCCGAGCUGAGCAAACUGCACUGCGAGAAGCUGCAUGUGGACCCUGAGAACUUCAGGCUCCUGGGGGACAUCCUGAUCGUUGUCCUGGCCUCCCACAUCGGCAAGGACUUCACUCCUGCCAGCCAGGCUGCCUGGCAGAAGAUGGUGCGUGUGGUGGCCCACGCACUGGCCCAUGAGUACCACUGAGCCCCACAGCCACUUGGAGAUGCUCCCGGUGUCCUCGGGGUCUGCUGGGCUGUAACUGCCAAAUAAACACUGCUGCAGUCAGGA